AUGGAUAAUCGGGGCCAAGAAGGUCAGAUAGGCUCAGAAGCAGGCCAACAAGAGGGGUAUCAGGAGCAAGCUGAAUGGGAGGAGUGCUCUGUUCCGGAAACCUGGUCUAUAGACUCGGGUGAUUCGAACUACUUGUUGGAUUUGGCCGAUGAGACGGAGUAUGAAGAUAUCUUACCCAAGACUCAUUUCAAUUCGCCAUAUUAUAUCAACGUUCCGACGCCCAAACACUCCACCCUAUCUGGGCAAGCAGGGGGUAGCAGUGUUGGUGUUUCUCCAGCAGCUGGAGUGAACGCUAGCGAUGGUCUGGACCUGUAUGAUGAUGGAACAGCAUCAUUUGUAAGGGAGUAUCCUACCGAUAUUUUAGCCGAUCGGUUUCAUAAGUGGCGGAAGAUAUUGAAAGGGCUAGUUGUAUACUUGAGGGAGGUUGCCUACUCGCAGGAGCAGUAUGCCCGGAUCAACUAUUCGUUGAAGAAUGCUGUCAAAUUCUCGUUCUUGAGCGACUUGGACGAGAAUACGAGCAAGGUGUUUGAUCCAUUGACUAAGAAUAUGCCGCAGAAGAAACCGCAACCAAGUCCCGCAAUGAAGUCUCCAAGGGAGGAGAAGCCGGACCCCUUCGCGUCUGCUAGUAACUUUAGUGCGUCUACGGCCACGUUCAACACGUCAUCGCUUGAUCUUGGACAGGAGUUGCAGUUGGAACCACAUGAGGGAUGUUCUGGUUCUGGUUUUAUGAGUUUUGGAUCCGGAUCAAUACAAGAUAUCCAGGUUAUCUUGAAGAAAUACCAUCUGUCUAUGUCUAGCCAGCAAAUAAAGUCCAGUAAAGAGAUUACUCAGCAGAUCAUACCUAAGUUGGAGGAUCUUCGCAAGGAUUUGAAUCAUAAGAUCAAAGAAAUUAAGGAACUCAACGCAGACUUCAAGACUAAUAUUCAAGAGCACGUUGCACUAACCGGACAGCUCUUGCACAAAUAUAUCGCGUCAGUGAACUUCUUGAACGACAGUGCGCAAAGAUCGGACUUGAUUAAGCUAAAGAAGAAUCAAGCACUAAAACCGAAACACGACCCUUAUUUGUUAAAAUUGCAAUUGGAUUUGCAACUCAAGAGACAAUUGCUUGAGGAGAACUACUUACAAGAGGCCUAUAUCAAUUUGCAAACUUCGGGUAUGGAAUUGGAAAAGAUUAUCUUCUCAACAGUUCAAAAGACCCUCCAAAGAUUUUCUUCUAUUAUCGAUGCUAAUGCCCGUGUGUCGAUCAACAAUCUGUGCAAAGAAUUGCAAAAGGGGAUUCUUUCCAAACCCCCCUGCGUUGAAUGGGAUAACUUUGUUACUCACCAUCCCAGGUGCCUCUUACCUUGGAAAUCCACAGAGCCUAUCCCACAACCUAGAAAGUUGUCCGAUAUCAGGUACCCAAAGAUGAAGUCUUCGAUGGCGAAAUGUAUUAGGGCUGGAUAUUUGUUAAGAAAAUCGAAGUAUUUGAAGAGUUACAACAAGAGUUAUUUCGUAUUAACUUCAAACUAUUUGCAUGAAUUUAAGUCAUCUAAUUUCUUCAAACUGACUCAGGACAAUUCAGAGAAAGAUGACCAUGCUAUCGUUCCCAGCUCGAAUAAUAAAAGCAGAUCUAUCGUUCCUUUGAUGAGUAUUUCUCUCAACGACUCGGAAUUGAUUGAAGAGCAAGAUAAGUUUACUAUAAAUUGCAAAUCCACGUACAUCCAACAGGAAGAGCAGAAGGAGUCUUUUUCACAAGAUAUAAAGAAGAUUACUAAAUCCACCUCUACAAUUUCAAAGUUUUUCAAGCAAGGUAGCAGUAAGCAAAGUAAGCUCCAUCUCAGUCUGACACCCAACAACAGUUCUUUAAAUGUGUCUGGUGGUGCUACUGGAAAGGGUGAUAAUGAAGAUAACGUUAAGUCGUCAAGCAUUACAUUUAAAAGGCCUAAUGACGUAGAUGUCAAGGAAUUCAAAAAAUGGAUAGCCAAUUUGAAAGACCUCACUAGCUUCAGCAACACUGCCGCUAGAUCGAAGUAUAUAGAGGAGAAGAUUUUGAAGGCUCAUAGUAAGGUUGCUGCUAGCAGCUCACUGAACUUGGCACAGAGCAGUAAAACGACAUCUAUGCAUCUAAACAGCCAAUCGACACCAUCUCUUGCCCAAAGGCCAGAGUAUAUUCAAAUUACCCCUUCAUCUAUGCAACUGAACAUGAGAUCGAAAGUUAAUACCCCAGCCAUAGAUGACAAUGGUAAUUUGAUAUUUGCUUCAGAGAGACCCAGAGCAAUGUUCAAUAGUGAAAGCAUGAUGAUGUCACAACCACAAAUUCCAUCUAAUGAUGCUUCUCCAAGCUCAUUUGUCUCCAAUGAUAGCUAUGCUGCUUCUAAUAAACAAGGUCUGACAAGCCCACAGCAAGGUGGAAUGAGCUAUGCGAUAACAAGCAAUGGUAUGACACCUGUGCAUCAACCAAACCCUUCACAACAAGGACAUCAUUCUAGAAAUGUAAGCGGAGGUGGUAGUUCUCUGGGACCCGGUUCGAUGUUUAACACAGAUUUCAAGUUUACACCAACUCAAAAUGUGUCUUCAGGGCCAGUCACAUCUGCUAGUAACAAUUCAAGUGGUAGUGGAGGUGGAUAUUUCGCCAUUCCAGUGCAAAAUAAUAGCCAAAACAAUAGCCAAAACAAUAGCCAUAACAACAGUACUGCUGUUUCUCAGGCCUCAACACCAGGCACCCACUCUCCGAUCCAAGGUUCAAAUGUAAACUCAAACCAGGGAUUAACUUCUAAUGGUCCAUACGGCCAUACGAAAUCACCUUCGGACGUCAUUCCCAGAAUUCAUAUCAAUGAACUAGAGGCUCCUAUGCCAGUAAAGGUAAGUCCGGUAAACUAUCCCCCAGAGCCAAGAAACAACAGGAACGGGCCAUAUAAUAACCUAAAGAAAAACUCAAGUGCAAGUAGUGUUCCUUCGAUAAACUCCUUAUACACUGCAUCUCCUGUUCUGUCAAAUCCAGCACACAAUUCAAGCUCACCAUCGCUACAGGCCGGAAAACCACAGACUCAACCUGUUAGAAGACAUAAGAAGACGGUGUCAUUCAAUUCUUUGAACAGUUUGAUGUUCUCUAAAAAAGCAGGUAAUCCAUCCAACAACCAAUACUUGUCUGAUGCUAAGAUCAACGAAGAUGAUGACCCAGACGGCAUUAACAUACACGGUUCUCUGUAUUCCUAA